AUGUCAUUGCAGGCACUCGAUAGCGACAUGGGAGACGAGAUGGACGUCGAUGAUCCCAUUCCAGAGAUACACCCAUUCCCCGAUCCCAAUCCGCGCUCUCCUUCUCAGACUGCUUCUCCACCACUCUCGCCUCGUACGAGCCAGCACCGUCCUGAUAGAAACGAGGCUACACUCAAUGAGCUGGAUCGACUUCUCGAACGGUUCACUGGAUUGGCCGAGCAGGCCGCCGACGCCAAUCCCGGUAGUGCUGACGAUGCCGCACUCCGUCGACUUGCUCAAGAGAUAGAGAGUCUUGAUGCAGUGUAUACGCAACGGGCUGAAGAAGCUCGAAUGGCCGAAGAAGCGCAGUAUGACGAGCGCCACGAUCUUGAUCACGAAGAUAUGGACCAGCACCAUGAUCUUGAACGUGAAGGCGCUCCCAGCCCUGAACCUACAGGGGAUGCUCCGCCUCCUGGUCCUCAGCUCGCGCAGAUACCACUAUCGCAGAUCAAGGAGAUAAAGCUCACUCAGGAAUACGCAGCCCUGCUCGCUGAUGCCAGCCUGGACAACGAGAAGCAUAGUGCACUUGGUGCUGAAGAUCUUCACGAUUUGCAACAUCCCUCGCAUGCCGUACUUGAUCUGAGUGAUCUUGCACUACGUCUAGGUCUUAAUCUGUUCAUUGCUUGCCGCCAUGCAUCCAUCAAAACCUAUAAUGAGGUUGUCGCAGGCAUUCGGGCCGUGUACCCAGAUAUCCCGAUCCUUUCGUAUCACCUCGUCAAGAAGGCAGUAGUAAAUCUCAGUGGUGUUCGAACUGUACGCUUUGACAUGUGUGUCAACUCGUGCACUGCAUUCACAGGCCCACGUCUCGAUCCUGCCAAGGUCGAGAACCGGUCGUGCCCUAAGCGCAGCCAGCCUCGCUUCGAUCCCUCCAACACCAAGAAGGACGCUCAAUUUGCAACCCCGGAUCAUGCAGAUGCCGCUUCCUAUCGUGCACGCGCUACAGCAAAGCUCUUUCCCGAGUUCAAUGAGAAGGGUUUUGUUGAUACCGUCGAAGACUUCGUGACGGGAACAGACAUCUUGAACACAGAGCUUGGCGCAGACGACAUAUGCCUCAUGUGGUCGGGGGAUGGCUUCCAGCUUUGGGAGCUUAAGAAGUCAGACUGCUAUGUCUAUAUCUGGGUUUUGCUUGAUCUUCCCCCCAAUCUGCGCUACAAGAAGCAGUACGUCAUUCCAGGUGCUGUCAUCCCUGGUCCGAACAAACCCGGCUGCCUCGACUCCUUUGUAUUCCCCGGCCUUUAUCACAUCAAGGCCUUGCAACGCGAGGGUCUACGAAUCUGGAAUGCAGCUCAGAAGCGCGAGUAUACAGCGCCAUUACAUGUCGUCUUUGUAACUGCAGACAUGGUAGCUCAAGCCAAAGCCACUGGUCUCGUCGGACAUAUUGGAAAGGAGGGCUGCAGACGCUACUGUGGCUAG